UUUUAUUUAAACAAAAAAAAGUUAUACAAAUUUGAAAUCCAUUAAAUCCUCAUUUGGCUUACGUCUCUCUUUCUCUAUUUCAGGAAUGUCUCCUCUUCCUCUUCCUCAUUUGAAAUUGAAAACCCUUCUCUUGAGAUAUAAUAAUUUCAAUGGAACGCUGCCAAUGGAAGCUUUGGCAUCUUUCAGCCAUCUUGAAGUCUUAGAUUUGAGUUGGAACAAUUUUUUCGGGAGCAUCCCAUCAACAAUACAAGCAUUAUCUUCGCUUCGAGUUGUCUCGUUUGCUAACAACAAUCUCAACGGUUCGUUACCUAACCAGGGUUUAUGUGAGUUGAAGAACCUCCAUGAGUUGGAUCUUAGUGGGAACAAUUUUGAUGGAAACCUGCCUCAAUGUUUCAAUAGGCUAUCUUCUCUUAAGCUGCUGGAUAUUUCUUCAAAUCAAUUCACGGGAACACUUCUGCCAUCACUGAUUGCCAAUCUCACAUCUCUUGAGUAUGUUGAUUUUAGUAAUAACAGAUUUGAAGGUUCAUUCUCAUUAAGCUUGUUCUCCAAUAAUACAAAGCUUGAGGCAGUUAAUUUCAGGUCCAACAAUAACAAAUUCGAGGUUGAAACGGAAGAGCCUAUAGGUUGGAUUCCAAUGUUCCAAUUGAAGGUUCUUGUGCUAUCAAGUUGCAAUAUAAAUAGGCCUAAAGUAAGUGUCGUUCCUAGGUUUCUACUUCACCAACACAUGUUACAGGUCAUAGACCUAUCUCACAACUCCUUGGUGGGAAAUUUUCCAAAUUGGUUAAUGGAAAAUAAUACAAUGCUAGAAGCUCUCAAUCUAAGGAAUAACUCUCUUAUUGGUGGUGUGUGUAUGCCACGGUAUAGGCAUGCUAACAUGAGGUGGUUGGAUGUGUCCGAAAAUCACAUGAAUGGCACUAUUCCGACUGACAUACAAAAGUUCCUUCCCAGUAUAGGAUAUUUAAAUUUGUCAAGCAAUUCCYUAGAUGGUGUUAUCUCAUCUUCGAUUGGUGAUAUGAGACAAAUACAGACAUUGGAUUUAUCAGACAAUGAGUUAUCGGGAGAAGUACCAGAGACAUUGUUUUCAAAUAUCACUUACUUAAGGAUAUUGAAACUAUCAAAGAACAGAUUACAGGGUGAGGUACUUUCAAGAAACUUAAGCUUGGGUGYAAUUGGGAGGCUUGGCUUCGAUAACAAUCAUUUCACAGGGAAAAUUGGAAAUUGGACCUUCCAGAAUCAUUAUAUGGAGAGUUUGGAUAUUAGCAAUAAUCUUUUCACAGGUACGAUCCCCCGUUGGAUUAGUGACAUGAUGAGCUACAAGUCUGAACUUAUAGUGAGCAAUAAUGGGUUUGAAGGCCCGUUUCAUUGUGGAAAAACUUCAUUCUCGUUUCUCGAUAUCUCACAUAAUUCUUUCUCAGGCCCGAUCCCAUCUUGCUUAGAUUUCCAAGCGAUGACACAUCUUCAUUUGGGUUCUAACAGAUUCAUUGGACCUAUACCCAACGCCUUUCACAAUUUGACUAGUGUUUUAACUUUGGAUAUAGGUUACAACUCCUUGUCAGGAAGGAUACCCGAAUUUCUUGGUAAUCUAUCCUAUUUAAGGAUUCUUAUUUUGAGAAAAAAUAAUUUUAGUGGUUCUAUUCCGAAACCAUUGUGUCAGUUAAGUAAUGUGAGUUUGAUAGAUUUAUCGAGUAACUCUCUUUCUGGUUCAAUACCGAGCUGCCUACAAAAGAUUAUGAACGCUGUUUACCCUGCUUUCGAACAAACAAUGCAAAGUUUGUAUUAUACGUCAAUAUCUUAUGCCUAUCAGAGUGUUCUAUAUGGAAACAUAGGUAUUGACGAUUAUAUAAUGCGUGAAAAACAAGAUGAGGUUCAGUUCACAACAAAAACUCUUCCCCUCUCAUAUAAAGGUAAAAUUCUUGAUUUGAUGGUGGGAUUGGAUCUAUCUUGUAACAAACUAACCGGUGAAAUCCCAAAAGAACUAGGGUUGUUGACCCAGAUUCACUCUUUGAACCUGUCUCACAAUCAGUUGGCUGGAACCAUUCCAAUGCAGUUCUCAAAUCUUGAGAAGAUAGAGAGCUUGGACCUYUCUUCAAAUUGGUUGAGUGGCGAAGUUCCAUCACAAUUGAUUAAGCUUACUUCUCUAGCUGUCUUCAAUGUUUCUCACAACAAUCUAUCUGGUAGACUCCCUGAAAUGAAAGCACAAUUUGGUACCUUUACCAAGGCRAGCUAUGAAGGGAAUCCACUUCUUUGUGGACCACCACUCGAUAAGAAAUGCAUGAAUACAUCAUAUGCGACCGAUUCAUCGGCUAAAGAUGGCAGUGAUAAAUGGUAUGAUAUCGAUAUGGCAUCCUUCUAUGGAAGUUCUGGUUCGACAUGGGUUGUGUUCUUGUUGGGAUUUGCUGCGGUUCUUUACAUCAAUCCUUAUUGGCGUAGAAGGUGGCUAGACAUGGUUGAAGAAUGUGUGUAUACUUGUUAUUAUUUCCUUGAUGAUUCUGUAUGUAAGGUCUCUAUGCUCUUUCGUAAAUAAGACCUACUCAUUUGAGAAUGUGAUAGAAUAAGCAGAAACCAACUCUCCUAUGUAUUUGUGGUACUCUUCC